AACAACAACAACAAUGGCCUUGACUUUAAGCGUUGCAGUUUUAGUAAACAAUGCUGGAAACGUACGCUUUUAUUCUCAAAUGUGCAUGCUUUAUGUUGUACGACCUGCAAAGGCAGUCUGGAUGAUCGAUCUAGGAAUAAAAUUUGUGAAUUCCAAAAUAUGACCCAACAAGAAUCUACGAGGGUUUUACCAGUGGAGGUGGUAUUCUGUGGUUCACAGACUUAACAGUUUUAGAUCCACUCUUCAUACUUCCUGUCAUAAUUGGCAUUAGUAAUCUGUUACUAACUGAGGUUCACAGACUUAACAGUUCCAGAUCCACUCUUCAUACUUCCUGUCAUAAUUGGCAUUAGUAAUCUUUUACUAACUGAGGUUCACAGACUGAACAGUUCCAGAUCAACUCUUUAUACUUCCUGUCAUAAUUGGCGUACUUAAGUGCUAACUGAGAUGACAAUGGUAUUUCUUAAAAGGUCGUCACAGUCAGUUGAUCAUAUUUCAAAUGUGCAAAGAAUAAAAUGGACACAAGUUGGCUGCAGAAAUAUGUCAGCUGUUUUACCUGGCAUUGCUUACCAACAGAAAGGCUUCUCAUUCAUCCAAAAAAAUGACCAGCUAAAUAGAUGCAAAUAUUGUUAUGUCAAUCAGUUUAGAUAUCUUUCAGUUUUUAAUGAACAAAGGCAUUUAGAUUGUCACAAUAAUCCUAAAUUCAGCAAAAAUCUGCUGAAAAGGAAUAUUUUUCCAGGUUUAGCAAUUUCUAAUACACGAAGCUUUUCUCAAGCAAGUUGGGCUUAUUACACAUCAACUGAAUUUGCACCAGUUCGUGUAGCUUUUGACUAUAUAAUAUCAGUUCAUGACUAUACUGGCCUGCCGUGGUGGGCAACCAUUAUACUAAGUACAAUUCUUUUGCGAACAUGUUUAACGCUGCCCCUGUUUAUAGUAUCACAGAGAAACAUGGCUCGAUAUGCUGCUGUCAACCAAGAAAUGGGAGAAGUAGCCAAGACCUUGAGAGGAGAAGUAUUUCAUUACAGCAGGAAGCAUAAUUUGACACAGAAUGAAUCCAAGAUGUUAUUGGCUAGAAAUGUGAGAAAACAGCUGAAAAAGAAGAUAGAAGAACAUAACUGUCAUCCAGCCAGAGGAACUCUUGUUGUAGCAGUGCAGUUUCCUGCCUGGAUUUUUAUGUCAUAUGGAAUCAGAAACCUAUGUGGUUUUACCAUUAGUAAGAGAGAUGAACCAACAAGUAUCUACGAGGGUUUUACCAGUGGAGGUGGUAUUCUGUGGUUCACAGACUUAACAAUUCCAGAUCCACUCUUCAUACUUCCUGUCAUAAUUGGCAUUAGUAAUCUUUUACUAACUGAGAUGCAUUUGCUAUCACUACAAAGUAAACUAGAAGCAGAGCCAUUGCCUAUGAAAUUGAUGAAGUUUUUCUUCCGUUUUGUCAGUAUAUAUUUGAUGUACAUUUCAUCAAUGUUACCAAGUGGUUUGUGUCUGUAUUGGUGUACAUCAAGUUUGUAUGGUGUUGUACAGUAUAUGGUUAUUCAGCAGCCAAAGGUCCGAAGAGCUCUGAGAAUACCAAAAGUUAAUAACGAAAGUGAAAAACCUAUGACUGAUAUUAUCAGAACGGCUAAGAAAAAAUAUUUUGGAAUAAAGGAUUGAUUUUAAGUGAAAUAUUAAUGUGUUCAGAUACUGUAAAUUCAGAAAUUGUUGCGUGCAUUAAUUAUUGCGAUUUUGUCAUUUUAGACUUCAAUGCGAUUUUAAUUUUUACAAUUUUGAGACAAAUCCUGUUUAAUUCAUAUAAAAUAUUUAAAUUAUUGCGUUCACAACUCUGUUGCAUUUAUCCCAAUACUAAAAACCUCGCAAUAAUUUCUGAGUUUACAGUAGUAGACAUUUUAUUUCUUUUAAGAUAUAUUUUUCAGGGUUUUUCAGGGUUCAGUCAUAAUCAGAGACCUAGGAAUAACUUUUUUCUGUUGAAUUUAGUAGUGGGAUAAACACAGAGGAGCUGUUUCAUUUUGGACAUUGCAAUGAUUACAUAUGCAAUAUGUCUGCUGUUUCACCAUCUGUAUGAUGCUAAAAUGUCUAAAAACAGAAAGGAAAACUCAUUUUCAUGAAAUUUGAUGUGUUUCAUUGUCAUAAUUAGCUCAAAAGCUAACGUCGUAGUGACGAGAACAAAAAGUAAAAAGUUGAAGUAGCACAAGGACAGAAUUGCAAUUAAUUGCACAUAGAAACUGAAGACUGUUUCCAAGUUGGAAUGCACAUGUGCUUCACAAUGGUAAACUGUUCCUGGUUCACCAGUGGAACCCAUCAUGCUGACCAGUGUUGAUAAAAUGCAUUUGCUGAUGUCAUAAAAAAAAUGACAGAAUUCUGGUUAUAACAAGUAAAGCAUAGUCAUGUGUAUCAAUUUGGAUCAACCUAACCCUAACCCAUAAUGGGGGCUAUAAAAACUUUAAAGGUUUAUCAUUAAAUAACUUUGGUUGUAUUAUGUUCUUUAGCAAAUUCUCCUGAUAUACCUAUAUUAAAAAAUAUAUUUGCAAUCUGA